GCUUCCUUCCGGUUUUCUAAGCGGAGGCCGGAAGUGUUGUAUUUUAGCGACUCUGGGUGUAGAAGGGUCGUGGUAGCGGCAACUAGGGCAACGAGAAGGGUCACCGAAUAGCUCAGAUUCUCGCGGCUGUGCAGGGAUCUAAUCACCACCAUGUCGAGCAAAAGGGCAAAGACCAAGACCACCAAGAAGCGCCCCCAGCGCGCAACAUCCAAUGUGUUUGCCAUGUUUGACCAGUCACAGAUUCAGGAGUUUAAAGAGGCCUUCAACAUGAUUGAUCAGAACAGAGAUGGUUUCAUUGAUAAGGAAGAUUUACAUGAUAUGCUUGCCUCACUGGGGAAAAACCCAACAGAUGAGUAUCUAGAUGCCAUGAUGAACGAGGCACCGGGUCCCAUAAAUUUCACCAUGUUCCUCACAAUGUUUGGUGAGAAGUUAAAUGGCACAGAUCCAGAAGAUGUCAUCAGAAAUGCUUUUGCAUGCUUUGAUGAAGAAGCAACUGGCACCAUUCAGGAAGAUUACCUGAGGGAGCUGCUGACAACAAUGGGAGAUCGGUUUACAGAUGAGGAAGUGGAUGAGCUGUACAGAGAAGCACCUAUUGACAAAAAGGGAAAUUUCAAUUACAUCGAGUUCACACGCAUCCUUAAACAUGGAGCAAAAGACAAAGAUGACUGAAAAGAACUCCAGAUUCCAGCCAAAUGUUCCUUGUUGCCAUUUUGGGUAUUUCUGAGACUUUCUCUUAAAGCCUAUAUCAUGCCCUAGCUUUACAGCUUUAGCCUUUCUUGUGGUAUUUAUUCUCAGCCAUUUUGGGCACAUGCAUCUCUGUAAUCAGACUGGAAAUGGGACUUUUUGUCAUUUUCAGAAUAAAAAAUAGGGUAAUUUAACUUGCCAGCUCCUCCCAUAACUACAAUCUACACAGAGUCAAUAUAUUUUUUCAGAGAAAGUUAUUCACUCAAUUUUUUCUGAACCAUAAUUAAACUUUAUGAUAAAAA